ACAAAGCAUGGCGAGCGGCUACAUGGAGCAGCAGCAACUCCAUAACUUUGUGGUCCAGGAGGAGGGGCAAGAAGAGGAGAUGCCCGCCACUGAGAAGGACCUGGCCGAGGACGCUCCAUGGAAGAAGAUCCAGCAGAAUACGUUCACCAGGUGGUGCAAUGAGCACCUCAAAUGUCUCCACAAGCGCAUCAUGGACCUGCAAAAGGACCUGGGUGAUGGCCUCAAGCUGAUUGGACUUUUGGAGGUUCUGAGCCAGAAGAACAUGUACCGCAAGUACCACGGCAGACCCAACUUCCGCCAGAUGAAGCUGGAGAACGUGUCGGUGGCACUGGAGUUCCUGGAGCGUGAACACAUCCGCCUCGUUUCCAUAGACUCCAAAGCCAUCGUGGACGGGAAUCUAAAGCUGAUCCUGGGUCUUAUCUGGACCCUGAUCCUGCACUACUCCAUUUCCAUGCCCAUGUGGGAGGACGGGGACGAUGAGGAUGCCAAGACGCUGACCCCCAAGCAGCGUCUUCUGGGCUGGAUCCAGAACAAGGUGCCGCAAAUGCCCAUUACCAACUUCCACCGGGACUGGAGGGAUGGCAAGGCCCUAGGAGCCCUGGUGGACAAUUGCGCCCCCGGUCUCUGUCCGGACUGGGAGACUUGGGAUCCAAGACAGCCGGUGGAAAAUGCCAGAGAGGCUAUGCAGCAGGCAGACGACUGGCUGGGCGUACCUCAGGUCAUCGCACCGGAGGAGAUUGUUGACCCCAAUGUGGAUGAGCACUCGGUUAUGACCUACCUGUCUCAGUUCCCCAAAGCGAAACUGAAACCUGGGGCCCCUUUGAGGGCAAAGACACUACAUCCAAAGAGAGCUAAAGCCUUUGGACCAGGCAUUGAACCUCGAGGGAAUGUGGUUCUGAAGCCAGCAGAGUUUCUGGUGGAGACAGUCGAGGCUGGACUGGGCGAGGUUCUUGUUUAUGUGGAGGACAUGGAGGGUCAUACAGAAGAGGCCCGAGUGAUCCCCAAUAAUGACAAGAACAGAACCUACUCUGUGUUCUACCUGCCCAAAGUGGAGGGUCUUCAUAAAGUAAAGGUCUUGUUUGCGGGCCAAGACAUUGACAGGAGUCCCUUCAUGGUCAAUGUCUCCAAAGCCAUGGGUGACCCAACCCGAGUUCAGGCUCAUGGUUUGGGACUGCAGCAUUUUGGAAACAUGGCCACCAAGCCCACCUACUUUGACAUCUACACAGCAGGUGCUGGCUCCGGAGACGUGGGCGUGGUCAUCGUGGAUUCAAACGGCCGGAGGGAUACAGUAGAGGUAGUCCUGGAGAACAAAGGCGACAGCGUCUUUCGAUGCACCUACGUUCCCGUCCUGGAGGGGCUGCACACGGUCUAUGUGACCUUUGCCAGCCAGCAGAUUCCCAGAAGCCCCUUUCCGGUCCACAUUGCAGAAGCCUGCAACCCACACGCCUGCAGGGCACACGGCCGAGGCUUACAGCCCAAAGGUUUGAGGGUAAAGGAAGUGGCGGAUUUUAAAGUUUACACAAAAGGAGGCGGCAGCGGCGAGCUUCAAGUUGCAGUGAAGGGGCCAAACAGCAUGGAGGAGCCGGUGAAGAUGGUCGAGGUGGAUGGUGGACUCUACAGUUGUAACUAUUACCCUAUCGUGACAGGAAAUUAUAUCAUCAUCAUUACCUGGGGGGGUCACAGCAUCCCACGCAGCCCGUUUGAUGUUCAUGUGAGCGAGGAGGCAGGGCCUCAGAAGGUGCGGGCCUGGGGUCCUGGUCUGGAGACAGGAAUGGUGGGAAAGAGUGCCGACUUUGUGGUGGAGGCAAUUGGGACAGAGGUGGGAACGUUGGGAUUCUCCAUUGAGGGUCCUUCUCAGGCCAAAAUUGAGUGUGAUGAUAAAGGAGACGGGUCAUGUGAUGUGAGGUACUGGCCCACGGAACCCGGCGACUACGCUGUUCACGUCAUAUGUGAUGAUGAGGAUGUGAAGGACAGCCCCUUUAUGGCGCACAUCCUGCCUGCCGCCACUGACCUUCACCCAGAGAAGGUGAGGUGUUACGGGCCAGGUCUCGACCCUGUAGGCUGCAUCGUCAACAAACCAGCCGAUUUCACCAUUGACGCCCGAGAGACUGGCAGAGGCGAGCUGAAGCUCUACGCUCAAGAUGCUGAAGGAUGCCCCAUUGAUGUGGAUAUGAGGGACAAUGGUGAUGAGACCUUCCUGUGUGUUUAUGUCCCCACAAAGCCUAUUAAGCACACCAUCAUUGUCACGUGGGAAGAGAUCAACAUCCCCAACAGCCCCUAUAGGGUGAGCAUCGGAGAGGGCAGCCAUCCGGAAAAUGUGAAGGUGUAUGGUCCUGGAGUGGAAAGAACUGGACUGAAGGCCAAUGAGCCGACCUACUUUACUGUGGAUUGCAGUGAGGCUGGACAGGGCGAUGUCAGUAUCGGUAUCAAGUGUGCGCCAGGCGUGGUCGGACCAGCUGAGGCCGACAUCGACUUUGACAUUAUUAAGAAUGACAACGACACGUUCACGGUGAAGUACACUCCCCCGGGGUCGGGUCAGUACACCAUCAUGGUGGUGUUCGCCGACCAGGAAAUUCCAAUCAGCCCCUUUAGGAUAAAAGUGGAUCCUUCUCACGAUGCUGCUAAAGUGAAAGCGGAAGGACCUGGACUCAACAAGUCGGGCGUGGAAGCGGGAAAGCCGACUCACUUCACCAUUUACACUAAAGGAGCAGGCAAAGCCCAACCACAAGUCCACUUUACCGGCGCCACAAAAGACGAUGCCGUACGCGACUUUGAGAUUAUCGACAACCAUAAUUACUCCUACACGGUCCGCUACACCUCAGCCCAACAGGGAAGUUUGUCCAUCACUGUGCUUCAUGGGGGUGAUCCCAUCCCGAAAAGUCCGUUUCACAUCAUAGUGGCUCCGCCUCUUGAUCUCAAGAAGAUCCAAGUUCACGGUCUUGCCAACAAGGUGGAUGUCGGAAAGGACCAGGAGUUCCACAUUAGCACUUUGGGCGCUGGUGGUCAAGGCCAACUAGAUGUGAAGAUAAUUUCUCCGUCUCAUCGACCAAUCCCGUGCAAGGUGGAGUCGGGUGCAGCCAAUGAGAUGUAUUCCGUGAGGUACAUUCCACCAGAGGAAGGACCUUACACUGUGGAGAUCAGCUAUGACGGGAACCCCAUCCCAGAAAGUCCGUUGGCAGUAGAGGGCAUCCUCCCCCCCGACCCCUCUAAGGUGCGAGCUUAUGGUCCAGGUCUUCAGGGUGGCGUAGUAGGAAUACUGGCACCUUUUGCUAUUGACACAAAGGGAGCUGGGACCGGUGGGUUAGGCCUGACAGUGGAAGGGCCCUGUGAGGCUAAAAUUGAAUGCCAGGACAACGGUGAUGGUUCAUGCUCCGUGUCUUACCUGCCCACUGAGUCUGGCGAGUACGCCAUCAACAUCCUAUUUGCGGACCAGCACAUCCCCGGAUCUCCUUUCAAGGCGUCAGUCCAGUCUGUGUUUGACCCGAGCAAGGUAACCGCUAGCGGGCCUGGACUGGAGCAUGGAAAAGUCAACGAGGCUGCAUCUUUUCUGGUGGACUGCUCCAAAGCCGGAGAAGCGGAGCUUACGAUCGAGAUUAUUUCUGAGUCGGGGUCCAAAGUUGAGGUUCAUGUGGAGAACAAUGGUGACGGAACCUACUCUAUCACCUAUAUCCCACAGUUCCACGGCAUGUAUACAAUCACUGUCAAGUAUGGAGGACAUCUAGUGCCACAGUUUCCCGCCAACCUGCAAGUGGAACCGGCUCUGGAUAUCAGCGGGGUUGACGUCUACGGACCUGGGGUGGAACCCAGAGGAGUGUUGAGGGAAGUCACCACACAUUUUAUCGUGGAUGCCAGAAGUGUUAAUAACAGCUCUGGCGGCCAUGUUAAAGUGGUCAUUUCAAAUCCAUCAGGCUCCAACACGGACACUUUCAUCACAGACAAGGCUGAUGGCACGUGUCGUGUGGAGUACAUGCCUUUUGAGGACGGGCUGCAUCUCAUCGAAGUUUCAUACAAUGAUGAUAUUGUUCCCAAGAGUCCGUUCAGGGUGUCCGUUAAUGAAGGUUGUGAUCCAAGUCGAGUGCGAGCCUACGGGCCAGGCCUGGAGGAAGGUCUGGUCAGUAAACCCAACCAGUUUACAGUGGAGACCAGGGGUGCUGGCACAGGUGGUCUUGGCCUUGCCAUCGAGGGCCCUUCUGAGGCAAAGAUGUCCUGUAAGGACAACAAAGAUGGCAGCUGUAGCGUGGAGUACAUUCCCUUUAGUCCUGGAGAAUAUGAUGUCAACGUCACCUUUGGAGGACUUCCAAUUCAAGGAAGUCCAUUUCGGGUCACAGUGCGAGAGCUGAUUGAUCCCACUAAGGUGAGGUGUUCUGGGCCUGGUCUUGGAAGUGGAGUUCGUGCUCACGUCUGUCAGACUUUCACAGUGGACAGCAGCAAAACUGGUGUAGCCCCUUUAGAAGUCCAGAUAUUUGGCCCUACAGGUUUCACUGAGCCUGUCAGUGUUAAAGACAACGGUGGUGGGUAUUACACGGUCAACUACACCCCUGCCAUUGAGGGCCCGUACACAGUGAGUGUCAAGUAUGCCAAGCAGGAAGUCCCUCGAAGUCCAUUCAAGAUCAAGACCCUGCCUGUUCAUGAUGCCAGCAAGGUCCGUGCCAAUGGUCCUGGGCUAAAUACAUCCGGUGUUCCUGCCAGUCUGCCGGUGGAGUUCACCAUCGACGCCAGAGAUGCUGGUGAAGGAUUGCUCACCGUUCAGAUUUUGGAUCCUGAGGGGAAGCCUAAGAAGGCGAACAUCCGGGACAAUCGGGAUGGGACCUACACUGUGUCCUAUGUACCGGACAUGACUGGGCGUUACACCAUCACCAUCAAAUAUGGUGGUGACGAGAUCCCAUACUCGCCCUACCGCAUCCAUGCCAAUCCAACGGGGGACGCCAGCAAAUGUCUCGUGACAGUAUCCAUUGGGGGACAUGGAUCAGGAUCCGGUGUCGGUCCGGCCAUCCAAAUCGGAGAAGAAACCAUAAUUACUGUUGACGCAAAGGCUGCUGGGAAAGGCAAGGUUACCUGCAAGGUUUCGACCCCUGAUGGCGCCGAGCUUGACGUGGAUGUGGUGGAAAAUGCUGAUGGGACAUUCGAUAUUUAUUACACGGCGCCUGAGCCCGGGAAGUAUGUCAUCACCAUCCGCUUUGGAGGGGAGCACAUCCCCAACAGUCCCUUCCAUGUACUGGCGACAAACAACCCCAUGGUCCCCGUCAAUGGGAUGCAGGCCGUGCUGCGUCCAUUCAGUCUGGUCAUUCCUUUCACCGUGCAGACAGGAGAAAUCACAGGUGAAGUGCGAAUGCCUUCUGGGCGUGCAGCCUGUCCGCACAUCGCAGACAACAAGGAUGGCACCGUCACUGUUAGGUACUCGCCGACCGAACGUGGCUUGCAUGUGAUGGACAUUAAGUACGACGGCCAUCACAUCCCAGGAAGUCCACUACAGUUUUUUGUAGAUGCCAUAAAUAGCGUUCAUGUGACCGCAUACGGCCCCGGUUUGAGCCACGGUGUCGCUAAUGAACCGGCGACCUUUAUGAUCGCUACCAAGGACGCUGGAGAAGGCGGUUUGUCUCUGGCAGUGGAAGGACCGUCCAAAGCCGAGAUCAGCUGCAAAGACAACAAAAAUGGCACCUGCACCGUGUCCUACUUGCCCACGGCGGCUGGGGACUAUAACAUCAUCGUCAAGUUUGAUGACAAGCACAUCGCCGGCAGCCCUUUCACCGCCAAGAUAACCGGCGACGGCCCUAUCACUUCAUCUCAGCUCAACGUUGGUACGGAAACCGACGUCUGCUUGAAGAUCACCGAGACGGACUUGAGCAGUCUGACGGCGACUAUCCAAGCUCCAUCCGGAAGCGAGGAGGCGUGUAUCCUGAAGAGACUUCUUAACAGACAUAUUGGAAUCUCAUUCACGCCAAAGGAAGUGGGUGAGCAUGUUGUGAGCGUGAUGAAGGGCGGCAAACAUGUGACCAACAGCCCGUUUAAGAUCAUGGUGGCCCAGUCAGAGAUCGGUGACGCCAGCAAGGUAAAAGUGUUUGGACCGGGUCUGGUAGAGGGACGCACUUUUGAGGUUGCCCACUUCAUCGUCGACACCCGGACUGCCGGCUACGGCGGUCUGGGUCUGUCUAUCGAGGGUCCCAGCAAAGUGGACAUUAACUGCGAGGAUGUGGAGGACGGCACAUGUCGCGUUACCUACUGUCCCACUGAGCCAGGAAACUACAUCAUCAACAUCAAGUUUGCAGACCAGCACGUCCCAGGAAGUCCCUUCACUGUAAAAGUAUUUGGCGAGGGCAGGAUGAAGGAGAGCAUCACCAGGAAGCGCCAGGCACCCGCCAUUGCCAGCGUGGGAAGCACCUGUGACCUGAACCUCAAGAUCCCAGGAAACUGGUUUCAGAUGGUCUCAGCGCAGGAACGCGUCACUCGCACCUUCACGCGCAGCAGCCACACAUACACACGCACUGAGCGAACGGAGAUCAGCAAAUCACGCGGCGGCGAGACCAAGCGGGAAGUGCGUGUGGAAGAGAGCACGCAGGUUGGAGAGCCGUUCAGAGAUGUCUUUGAAGACUUCCUAGAACGGGACAGUCUGAACAGCUUUGGUGGGAGGUCGCCAUCGCAGCAGGGGGAAGCCGCCACCCAAGAAAUGACAGCACAGGUGACAAGUCCUGGUGGCAAGUGUGAGGACGCCGAGAUUAUCCGAGGCGAGGACAGCACGUACAGCGUGCGAUUCGUUCCCCAGGAGAUGGGAGCACACGUGGUCAAUGUCAUGUAUCGAGGACAACACGUCCCUGGUAGCCCCUUCCAGUUCACCGUAGGACCCCUGGGAGAGGGAGGGGCCCAUAAGGUGCGAGCAGGCGGCACAGGUCUGGAGCGAGGUGUUGCUGGCAUUCCGGCUGAGUUCAGCAUCUGGACGAGAGAGGCGGGGGCGGGUGGGCUGUCAAUCGCAGUGGAGGGGCCCAGCAAGGCCGAGAUCACCUUUGAGGACCGCAAGGAUGGUUCCUGUGGGGUCUCCUAUGUGGUCCAGGAGCCUGGUGAUUAUGAGGUCUCAAUAAAAUUCAACGAUGAGCACAUUCCAGACUCGCCCUUCAGUGUCCCUGUGGCCACCUUGUCUGACGACGCCCGCCGCCUUACCAUUACCAGCCUUCAGGAAGCUGGACUAAAGGUGAACCAGGAAGCAUGCUUCGCCGUACAACUAAAUGGAGCUCAAGGCCUGAUCGACGCCAAGAUCCAUGCACCUUCUGGGGCCACGGAGGACUGUUUCAUUACCCAAGUGGAUGGUGAUCAGCACGCUAUCAGGUUUAUCCCCAAAGAGAACGGUGUUCAUUCCAUCAAUGUCCGUUUCAACGGCAGCCACGUACCCGGAAGCCCUUUCAAGAUCCGAGUGGGAGAACCUAGUCAAGUGGGUGACCCCAGCAAAGUGUUGGCCUCUGGGCCGGGCCUUGAGGGUGGCACUACAGGCGUGGCCUCAGAGUUCAGUGUGAACACGUGUAAUGCUGGUUGUGGCGCUCUGUCGGUGACCAUUGACGGUCCAUCCAAAGUCCAAAUGAACUGUCAGGAUUGCAGUGACGGCUACCGGAUCUCUUAUACCCCACUGGCUCCUGGAAACUAUCUGAUUUCCAUCAAAUAUGGAGGAGCCCAGCACAUUGUCGGUAGCCCCUUCAAGGCCAAAGUCUCAGGUUCACGCCUGUCCGGGGGUACCAGUCUUCAUGAGACGUCAUCCGUUCUCGUAGAAACCGUAACCAAGUCGUCUGCGGCGGGAAGUGCCUUUGCCUCAUUGCCCAAAUUCUCCUCAGAUGCCAGUAAGGUAGUCUCUAUGGGCGCCGGCCUAUCCAAAGCCUUUGUGGGCCAGAAGAACUCGUUCACAGUGGACUGCUGCAAAGCGGGAACCAACAUGUUGAUGGUGGGCGUGCACGGGCCUAAAGCGCCCUGCGAGGAGGUCUAUGUCAAGCACGCGGGCCACAAGUUGUAUAAUGUUACAUACACGGUCAAAGAGGUGGGAAACUAUAUUCUUAUUGUAAAAUGGGGCGAUGACCACGUGCCCGGGAGUCCCUUUCACGUCACUGUGCCUUGAAGGCGGGGUCUUGCUGCGCCCCUCCCCAUUUCUUGCUUUUUUCUCCUCAAAAGCCUCUUGUGUCGUCGUUUGGUGUUUAGUACUUCUUACAGAACUUUCUGACGAGAUGAUGGAACUGUGAUUUUUCUAUCUUUUUUUCAGUAGACGAUUUGACAAAGAGGGAGUUAAACGUGUUUAUGCUCACUCAAAGAAAAAAUACUUGAUGACUCGAACCAAAAACAAGUCAUUUGACACGUUUGCGAGGUCCAAACGUGAUGCAUUUUUAAGAAAAAAAACCUUCUAAUAAUAA